AUGAUAAAUGGUCGAAAAAACAAAAAUAUAAAAACCAAAAACUAUGUAAUAAAUGUUAAUUGCUAUACAUGGAUAAAUAACAACCAUGGAUUAUUCGAUUAUGAGAGUGACAAUUUUUAUAAAAAAUGUUUUAAAAUAAAAUGUUUAUAUAAUUAUUAUUAUAUACUAAAAGACGACAUAAAUGUGGAGGUAAAAAACGAAGAAGAAAUAACAAAAGUAUCGUUAAAUAAUACAAAUUUAAAAGUAAUAUGUAAAAUAAAAUAUACAAAUAAUAAUUACCAAUUAAUUCCAUGUAUUGAAAAUAUAUAUGAUGAGAAAAAUGACAAUAAAAAUAAUGCUGAAGAAAACGAAUCAAAUGAACAUAAUGAAGCAAAUAAAUUUUGGAUUAUUGUUAAAUAUUUAAAAAAUAAAACAUCAAUAUUACAUGAAAAUGAUAUAAUAAAACUAGGAAGAGUUAAAUUAAAAGUUAAAAAAAUUAUAACAAAUAUUCAGCAAGAAAAAGAAUAUAAUAAAUCCAUCUCACCAUUGGAUGAAGAUGAAUGUGAAACAUCUGCACCUGAAUUAGAACACUUUUCAAGAAUUAAUAAUUAUGGAAUACUUGAAGGUGGAAUGUCAGAUGUAAAUAUUAUGUCUAACCAUUUUGUAAGUGCAACUAUUAAUCCAAAUAUACGAUGUGGUCAUAAUAAUGCUCCAGAUAAAGAUAUUUGUAUUAAAUGCGGUGCACUAAAUGAUAAUUCAGAUGGUAAUUCAUAUGGUUUAUAUAAUGAUAUGAAUGACUCUGAAGGUAAUGGACUUGAUAAUAACAAUAGUAACAACAGUCUUAUUCGUUCGGAAAAUUGUUCUAUAUAUUGUGAUGAAAAUAAUAAAGGAAAUGAAAGUGAUAAAAGAGAAGAUAACAUAGAUAUAUCUGAUCCUAAUUAUGUUCUUAAAAAUAACACGCCAAAUGAGCUACCAAUUAAUACAAAAGGGGCCUCUAAAAAUAACACACAAAAAAAAGUAAAUAUAAUAACUGAAAAAAAUAAUAUCCCCUCAAAAUUAAUAGACUCUGAUUAUUCAUAUGAUAAUUUUUACUUGAAUGUAAAAAACUAUGAUAAUAACAGUACAUUUUUAAGCAAAUCUGAUGAUAAAAAUUGUUCAAUUAAUUUAAAAGAUACAAAAAAUGAGGAUAAUAAUUGUGACUACAAUAAUGAAAAUAAUAAAGAAAAAGGAAAUUCAAAAGCAGUUAAAUUUAGUAAUGUUGAAAAUAGUAAAAAUAACCUUAAUAAAGAUACAAAAAAUGAAAGCAUUGAUGAAGCAGCUAAGCCAGACUUUGUUAACCACACUUCUAAUAUGCUUGAAAAAGAAAUCGAUGAUAGUAUAUAUGACAAUGAUGAUGAUUAUAGUAUUUACGACUAUAACAUGAAUAGCAAAAAUUCUGUAAAUGGUAAUAUAGGAAAUGGGGAAACUGACAAUGAUGUAAAUUUAUGUAAAAGCAAUUUACAAGGAAAUGGAAAUAAUAAUAAUAUGUACGAUAAUACAAUAGAUAAAAUGAAAGAUGGAAUGAAAAAUUCAUCAUAUAAUUCAUCAAAUAUAAAUACAAUAAAUUCUGGAAUACCAAGUUUGUAUAAUUGUAGAAUAUGUUUAUGUGAAUAUGAAAAUGAAGAUAACCCUUUAAUAUCACCUUGUAAAUGUAAAGGUUCAAUGAAAUAUAUACAUUUAAAUUGUUUACGUACAUGGAUGAAAGGACGAUUAAAUGUAAGAAGUGAUGGUGAAUCUAAUGUUUCUUUUUUUUGGAAACAAUUAAAUUGUGAAUUAUGUAAAUUUCCAUAUCCAACAUAUAUAUCUAUACAAAAUAAAUUUAUAGAAUUAUAUGAAAUACCUAAACCUGAAUUACCAUAUAUGAUUAUAGAAUUAUUAAAUGAUAAAAGUAAAGGUUUUUAUAUUGUUAGUUUAGCUAAUACAAAAUCUGCUCGUAUGGGAAGAGGGCAUGAUAGUGAUAUUCGAGUAAAUGAUAUAUCUGUUUCGAGAUUUCAUGCACUUAUUAAAUUUUUAAAUGGAAAUUUUUAUAUUGAAGAUUGUAAAAGUAAAUUUGGUACAUUAAUUCAAAUUAGAAGACCUGUUUUUUUUAAUAUUCGAAGAAGUAAAUUUAUAGCUUUACAAAUUGGAAGAACUGUAAUGUAUAUAUAUAUGAAAAGAAAAAAUUGGAUGUUCUUGCCUGUUUGUUUAAAACUUCCAAGAACUAAGGACGAUGAUGUAAGUGCUUUAGACAACUUUUCUUCAAAGCUCCUUGUAGAUAAUAGUUUGAAUAUUUCCAACAAUAAUUUUGAAUAUAAUUUGGUAUAUAAUCCUAGUGAAAAUGAUCCAAGCGAAGGAGACCAUCACGACCACAAUGAAAAUCGUAACGAAACUCCUGAUCAGAACGAUGCCAACCAGACUCAUCCUCAUAAUUCACCUAAUAAUAGUAACAACAUUGGAAUAAAUCUUAACAGCACUGGAAGUAUUCAUAAUACUACAGUCAAUGAUAAGCCAAUAAAUCACAGUAACAAAUAA